UUCUUCUUCUGUUAAACCCUGGCCGCGAGAAAACCCUAAUUCAAAGCCGUUGCCAUGCCUGCUCUCACUCGUAACAAGAAGAAAGGUGCCAAACCCCAAACACCUCCAACGAAGCAGGUCACCAAAUCCAAAACUCCUCCGUCGAAGCCCCAAAUCUCGACGUUGAAGAAAGGAGCCAAAUCCCUGAAGAAACCUCCAUUGAAGAAGCAGAAGAAGGAAGUUGUGGAGGAAGCUCCUCUCGAAGAUGAUGAAGUUUCCGAUGAUGCUUCUAUCGAUGCGGAGUCAGAAGAGCUUGAUGAGUCUGAUGAUGGAGAGAAAGGGUCUAAUGGGCUUUUCUAUAAUGAUGAUGAGGAAGAGAACGAAGAUGAUGACGAUGAUGAAAUGACUUUGGGUGACGAUUUUCUAGAAGGUAGCGGGGAUGAAGAUGAUGAAGAUGAAGAGGAGGAGGAGGAGGAGGGACCUUCGGAUGUUGAUUCGGAUUCAGACUCGGAUGGAGACGAUCUUGUGAGGAAGUCUGAUGCUAUUGAUAGAAAAUUAGCAAAGGAGAAGGAAGACGCUGAUGCUGAACAGCAGGAGACUAACAAGCAAGAUGAAACUGAACAUGAUGCCUUUCGGCUACCAACUGAAGAGGAACUUGAAGAAGAAGCUCGUGGACCACCAGAUCUUCCUCUACUUAAGACUAGAAUAGAAGACCUUGUUAGAGCUCUGAAAAAUUUCAAGGCUUUGAGGCCAACAGGAGCCAGGAGGAAAGAUUGUGUUGAACAGCUCAAAGCUGACCUUGGUUCAUAUUAUGGUUAUAACAGUUUUCUUAUUGGAACGUUAAUUGAGAUGUUUCCUCCCGGUGAGCUUAUGGAACUAAUUGAAGCUUUUGAAAAGCAAAGACCUACAUCUAUUCGGACAAACACACUUAAGACCCGUAGACGGGAUCUUGCGGAUGUACUUUUGAACAGAGGAGUCAAUCUAGACCCAUUAAGCAAGUGGUCAAAAGUUGGACUUGUUGUCUAUGACUCACAAGUUCCAAUUGGUGCGACACCUGAAUAUUUGGCUGGUUACUACAUGCUUCAAGGUGCUAGUUCGCUUUUGCCAGUGAUGGCCCUUGCCCCUCGAGAGAAUGAGCGGAUUGUGGAUGUAGCUGCUGCUCCUGGUGGGAAAACAACGUAUAUUGCUGCGCUAAUGAAAAAUACUGGCUUAAUAUAUGCGAAUGAGAUGAAAGUACCUAGGCUUAAGUCGCUUACUGCCAAUCUGCAUCGAAUGGGCGUCACAAAUACCAUAGUUUGUAACUAUGAUGGAAGAGAGCUACCCAAGGUUUUAGGUCAGAACACAGUUGACAGAGUAUUGUUGGAUGCGCCUUGCAGUGGGACAGGAGUCAUAUCAAAAGAUGAAUCAGUUAAGAUUACGAAAACAGCUGAUGAGAUAAAGAAAUUUGCUCAUUUGCAAAAGCAACUUAUUCUCGCUGCUAUUGAUAUGGUGGAUGCCAAUUCCAAAACUGGUGGAUAUAUAGUUUAUUCAACAUGUUCCCUUAUGGUGGCUGAGAAUGAAGCUGUGAUCGACUAUGCUCUCAAAAAGAGGGAUGUUAAACUAGUAACAUGUGGACUCGAUUUUGGCCGAAAAGGAUUUAUCAGAUAUAGAGAACAUCGAUUUCAGCUAUCUUUAGACAAGACUAGACGUUUCUAUCCUCAUGUGCACAACAUGGACGGGUUUUUUGUGGCCAAGCUGAAGAAAAUGAGCAACAUGAAGCAAUCUUCAGAAGAGGAUGAUGAGGCAGGAGAAACUGUAGAGCAAGCGGAAGUGUCUGAUGAUGAUGAUGAUGAUGAUGAGGCAGGAGAAACUGUAGAGCUAGCUGAAGUGUCUGAUGAUGAUGAAGCUGAGGCCAUAGAGGAGCUGGAGAAGCCUGAGGAAGCCAUAGAGGAGCUGGAGAAGCCUAAGGAAGCAAAAGAAAACAAGGAGGAGGAAAGACUUGCAAAAUCAAAGAAGAAAAAGAAAAGCAAAAAGAGAAAGAAAUCAACAUCAAAUGUGGAAGAGCCACCUAAAGUAAGGAAGCAGAAGAAGAAGAGAUCAGAAUGGAAGAAGGAAAUUGCUCAAGCUAGGGAAGAGAAAAGAAUAGCCAUGAGAGAGAAGGCGAAGGAGAAGCAAUGAUUCAGUGUUUUUGCAUGAAGGAGAAGAAACCCUUUGUUAAAACACUAUCUUAUAUGCUAGGCUUGUGCCAUAUAUUUACUUUGUUGUUUAUGUUUUUAUUCACGACAGAUUUGUGUAACUUUGAAAGCACCCAGAGUGUUCACUCUGUUGGACUCAGUGGACAGAUCUUUCAUGUCCAAAAGUUUUGUUUCAAAAAAAAUCAUUCAGAGAGUAUGAAGUUGAGUUUUGUUCUU